UUGCGUUGCAAACAGUACACUGACCUCAGAUUCACAAAAUCCGGGAUCGGCGAAGCAGACGGCUCAGAUAAAUCGAGGAUGGCCCUCACUGCGGUUGUGUUCUGUACCAUUCUUUUGGGUAUAUUGCUUUGGAAGAUGAACGGUUUAGUUAAAAAAUAUAAAACUUACAUCGACCUGUAUUCAUCGGACAAAGUCAUCAGAUUGGGGAAAUUUCAUCCGUUAUGGGGCCAUUUACAUUUGUUUAUACCCCUAUUUAAGUUCCAACUGUUGGUUGAGAAAGGGAUGCUUGAGACCGGAAGGAAAAUAACCUGCCACUGGAUGGCCUUCUUGUAUCCAAUUCUAGGGGUGUGUCACCCCGACACAGUCAAGAUCCUCCUCAAGUCGAGUGAGCCAAAGAACAAACAGAAAGGAGGAGGGUACUUCACUCUUCUGCCGUGGUUAGGUGAUGGGUUACUGAUCAGUGACGGUAAGAAGUGGGAGAGAAACAGACGAUUGUUGACACCUGCCUUUCACUUUGAUGUACUCAAACCUUAUGUACCCAUCUAUAACAAAGUCUUCGAUAUCUUCUUGGACAAGUUGGAUGAAGCGUCCUGUGGUGGACAGAGUAUUGAGAUUCAUCACAGAGUGGGACUCGCUACACUGGAUACUCUACUACGCUGUGCUCUGUCAUACGAGGACAAUGUACAAGAACAGGGAACCAAACACCCCUACGUGAAUGCAGUACGGACCCUUACUCGUCUCUCGGUCAGGAGAAUGAUGGAGCCAUGGCUACAUCCUGAUUUCUUGUUUAGAAUGUCACCAAGUGGAAAACAAUAUAUUAAAUAUGCCAAGUACGUCCACGAUUUCGACGAGAGAGUUAUCGAAGAAAGAAAACGGACGUUGGCGGCCGAUACGUCGUUGAUAACAAAGCGUCGUCGAGACUUCCUGGAUAUUCUACUGACCGCCCGAGACGAGAAUGGCACGGGACUGACCGAUCGUGAGGUCAGGGACGAGGUUGACACUUUCCUUUUUGAAGGUCACGACACGACAGCGUCCUCUCUCAGUUGGGCAAUUUACUCGUUAUCAAAGAACCAGGAUGAACAACGAAGGGUCUACGAGGAAGUGACGAAAGUCCUUGGCGACAGGACACAAGUUGAUUGGUCUGAUAUAAAGGAGUUUUCUCGCCUGACCUUAUUCCUUAAAGAGUCCAUGCGUAUGUUUUCUCCUGUACCGUCCGUUGGAAGACUCACUACACAGGAAGUAGAUUUAGACGGCCUCAAGGUCCCCGCAAAUAUGGAGAUAUACGUAUUGAUUAAUGCUCUAAAUAAUCGGACAGACGUAUGGGGCGAUCCUAAGACAUUCAGGCCCGACAGAUUUCUGGAGGAGCCAGAAAAAGACCCGUACAGCUACGUGCCUUUCUCUGCUGGACCGAGGAACUGCAUAGGGCAGCAUUUUGCCCUUGAUGAACAAAAGGUCGCCCUUGCGAAGUUAGUGCAAAGAUUUAAGGUGUUACCUGACCCUAACUACGAACCUGAACUAGAUCCCGAUCUCGUCAUGCGUUCUAAAAACGGAAUAGAUAUAAAGUUGGAGAAUAGAUCUUGAUAUCGAUGUCAUGCGUUGGGAUUGUGUAAAAUAUUCCAAUAUCAAACUCCACAAACCAUUAAUUCCUUUCGCUUAAACUAACUCAAUGUAUAAAUAAAUUGUCCAAAUAUGGUACAACUGAUACCAUUUGCACAAUGAAGUUGAUCCGUUAUCGUUGUUACGCUGUUGGAAUUUAUAUGUUCUUAUUUUAUCCUCUUUAUAUAUAUAUAUAUAUUAUGUAUUUACGAAUAAACAACAUACAUUUAUAACGAA